GAACUUGGAUUCUGUUAGCCAUUUCUCAAAAAAAAAAACUUGAAUUCUGUUUUACAAAAAAUAAAUUAGUUAUAUGCAGUAAAAUAUCUUGAUAUGUAUUUGUUUCUUCUCCUGUAACCUUAGUGAACGUUACAACAUACCUUUCAUGUUUUCAUCGAUGAACUCUUAAUUAUUGAAUUGAACGUUACAACUUGUCAUGUAAGAUUUCACCCCAAAAAAACUUGUCAUGUAAAACGUUACUACUGCCUUUCAUGUAUCUGACCAAUGACGACGUGGUUACAAGUUCAAGCGCGACAUGUGAGUGUGAGCCAGGUAGGACUCGUCGCGUGAACGUGGACCCACGUACACGAGUUUGUUUCUUCUUCUUUUCUUUUUCUAGUUUGUGGUAAAAUAGACAAAACCGCCAUUUGAGAAGAUAACUAAAAGGCUAAAUUUUACCAAAAAACUAAAAGGCUAAAUACAAAAUAAAUGGCAUGUAUAUAAACAGUAAAAUUAUUGAUUUAGUAACGGUAUUUUAGGUUAUUUCUAAAUCGUAUUCUAGUCUUAUACAGUUAUAGUAUUUACUGUUUUAAUCAAAACAAUAUAAUAUGCAAAAUAUAUAAUUUGGUCUUUAAUUUAAUGACAUAUUUUGCCUAUUUGGACGAUAUGACGAUUUACAACUAGAAAUUUUAAAUAUUCAAGUUUCAGCAUUUUUUAUUUUAGAUUAACAACUGGUGUUUAAAAAAUAUAUACAAAAUAUAUAUAGUUCAACUGUUAAAAUCUACCGUCCAGUCAUUAACUAAUACUUUUGAAAGCGUUAACUAUAUAAUUUUGAGAUGAGAUGAUAUGAAUUAUUGAUUAAUUUUUUUUAGGCUUUAGCUAACAUUUUUAAGUUAAUUAAUUUACUGAUUAUGAUUCGGUUUUGAAAAUGUACAAUCUAGCUUUGCUUUUAUGAAAUUGUGAUUAAUUUAGUUUCUCUUCCGAUUAAAUAUGAAAUUGUGAUUAAUAUAGUUUCUCUUCCGAUAAAAGGUUAAUAUUUUCCCAAAACAAAAAUACAGGCUAUACCACGUACUCACAAUCUGUAAAGAUGCCCAGCAGAAAAGCUGAUAAGAAGGAUUGGACGGCCACCCGUUAGCAGGUCCCAUUUGUUGUAUAAUUGUGUUUCAAAAUGAAACUAAACGUACUAAAUAGUAAUGCACCAAUUAUGCAUAAGGGAUGAUGUUUACAAAACUGGAAAUCAGUAGGGAAAAGAGAGAGUAGAUGUAUGACAUCUUACGAAUAAGUCAAUAACAAAGAUCAAUUCGUUCGGUUCAAUUGGCCAAAGAUCAAUUACCAGAACAAUAUUAAGACAGUGAUGCAUGCCAUCCACCACUGUAUAUAGUUAGCUCCCUUCUAUAAAAUUUUAUAUGGUGACUGACAUAUAAUAAAUGAAUAGUAUCGUCGUAACUCGUUAAUCCAAAUCGUUAUCUAAACAUAACUGUUAGGACAUUAAAAAAUAUAAAUUUUCUAUAUAAAAAAAAUAGAGAUGCGAUAAACUUUGUAAACUACAAAAUUUUAGCCUUUAAUCUCUUUUAGCGUUCGAGACAAUAGUUUUUUUGUAACUUGAAAUCAAUAGUUGAUAUACCAUAAAUCACUAGCCCAUUGCCUAUUUAUUAAAAAUUAUAUGUUUUAAAAACUUUGUGGAUUAUUAAUAAGAAGAAAUUAUUAACAAAUAAUCUUUUUAAAAAUAGAAACACAUUUAUACGGGAGACCUCCCCUGCUCAUCUACUGUAAAAUUAAUCAAUAUACUUUUAUACGUGAUUGAUAAUACUUCCAAUAUAUAUCUGAAAAGGUUGUAAUAAUUCAGUUUUGCUGUCCCAAUUAUGAUAAGCGUCCCAUGUCUUGAACAUGUGUAACGCUAAAGCCGAGCGAACGGAAGGAUAUAUGUCUCCAGAAUUAUACACUUAGAUGUUUAAUUCUACUCCGUUAAUUUAGAAAGAAACUUUUAAUCUGACGGCAAAGGAUUCAUAUUGUAGGGUUGGUUUUGUAAGAAGAGAAUCUCUUUGUGGCCAAAUAGUUGGCACUUGGGGGUUUGGGGCCAUGACGGUGAUGCUUUUAAGGAUUUCUUUUAAAAUUAAUCUAAGAAAACAUGUAGAUAUAUGUGUCAUCGAUUGGAAAGGGUCCGAUUCUGCCUGACCCAAAUCUGAAAAAUCUCAAAACAUACUUGGUAUUGAUAUCUAGAUGGUAACUACUAACUAGAGUCUACAUGCAAUAUGGGAACAUAGUAUCACCACACUAAUAAAAAGUCGAAUCUACAAUCUUUAGCAGCAGUCUCUGGAAAGAGGAACUGCUUAGAUACAAACUCUUCAUUGAUAGUUUAUAAUUGGUAAAUUGUUCAGACUUGUAGUUUCUACAUCUUUGUUCCCUCAAUAAAAUAUAGGAUUGUUCCCUAAUUUUUUUGGAGAUUUUUACAUAGAUAUACCUCUAAAAUCAAAAUAGAAAAAUUAUGAAAAAAAUUAACAAUAUAUAUAACUCCAAAAAAUUUUAAUCUGGCCCUGCGCAUAUGUUUUCUGAUUAUUUAUUUCCCCCAAAUUUUCCGGUUAUAAUACGAAGAAGUUUUUACCAACAUUUAGAUAUUCAUUGUUUUGUUUCUAUUAAUUAAACCAACCUCAUGACGUGAAUACGGACAUGGAGAUAUCUCCGUGCAUGCAUGUAUAUAUUCAGAUUCAUGUACGUAUGCAAACUUAGCUAUAUUGUACCGUUUAUUUUUAGAUAAUAAAUCAUGUGAACGGGAAGAUUAGAAGUCUUAAUUUAGGAUCACCGCAUGACCUUUUCUUGGAAUUUCCAUAUUUAAACAUUCCGCAGACCAAAAUACCAAACGUUUCCAUCUUAUUGUCUGUCUCUGAACUCUCUUUGUUCUUAUUAUUUUCUUCUCAUUUUUUGACCCAAAGAGAAAACAAACUCUUCAAUUUUUUAUUUGGUUGUCUCCUCACUAAACUCGGUUGAUUAACCAUCUCCAUAAAAUCUAACGAUUUUUUCUAGUAUUCGAAGCAAAUCAUAGAACCAAAAGAGAACAAGAUGGGUUUGAAAGAUGAGAAUAACAAAGCUGAAGAGUCCGCAGAAGAUCCAAAGGGACAAGGGACGUUAAGCAGAAAGAACAGCCACAGCUCUUUGUGUCCGACAGAAGAUGACGAAGAAGACGAAGACAAGAAGCUUGAACUUGGUCCCAUGAUCGCUCUCAAAGAACAGUUCGAGAAAGACAAGGAUGAUGAAAGCUUGAUGAGAUGGAAAGAACAACUUCUAGGAAAAGUGGAUCUUGAGGAAGUUGGAGAGACUCCUGAUCCGGUGGUGAAGAUAUUGAACUUAACAAUUAGGUCACCUGAUAGAGAAGACAUGGUAUUGACGGUCCCUGAAGACAGAAAACCGACAUCCAAAGGACCAUGGUUUACCCUCAAAGAAGGCUCUAAGUACACUCUCGUAUUUACUUUCCGUGUGACCAACAACAUUGUGUCCGGUCUCCGAUACAGCAAUAGUGUUUGGAAGACUGGAAUCAAGGUGUAUGGUAGAAAGGAGAUGUUAGGAACGUUUAGUCCACAGGCCGAACCGUAUACCCAUGUCAUGUUUGAAGAAUCAACACCGUCUGGUAUGCUUGUCAGAGGUUCCUAUUCCGUUAAAUCUAAGUUCGUCGACGAUGAUGACAAGUGCUAUUUGGAGAACAACUACACCUUCGACAUUCGCAAGAACUGGCUAUGAUGCAUCGCAAAAGUUACUGGAAGAAGAGAAACAUAUUAUGUAUUCAUUAUUGUGUCUACUAUUUGUUCUUGAUUAAUUUCUUCAUAUAUUGGUUCUUCCGUCUUCGCCUCGUUUAUUUGUGUAGACAUUUUUUUUUGGUUCUUUACGUUACUCUUUUCAGAGUAUUUUCUAAUUUGCAAUCUAGCUCGUUAUUAUCUAUACAAAUAUUUGUUUCA